AGAAGGAUGUCGGAUGUGGAGCUGAUGAGGGAAAUGUUGGUAAAAAAAGUCUAAGGUAUAAAGCAUCAGUUAAAAAAAGAAACAAUACUGCAGAUGAUGAGGAAGCAGAUGAUGGGCAAGGACCACAACCACCACUCUCUGUUACACAAGAAACAAUACUGCAGUAUCCACAGUAUUUUGAUCCAUCAUCAGAAUACUGUGAAAAUGUUGUUGUAGAGGCAACUCCGUUAAGGACGGUGUUGGUUGAUGAAAUCAUUGACUUGAGUCAAGCGGACACUGUUAAGCCAACUAGAAUGAAGAGGAAGCAUGAAAAGGAGGAUCGCACAUAUCCUGAACGUAGACGAGCUGUGAAGAAAUCAAAGUACCUUACAAGCCCAUAUGAUACUGCUGUCUACGAGUCAACUGCAACUAAAUUGCAGAAGGAUAUAUGCACCUAUGCAUGGAGCAGUUCAAUUGAUGAGGAGGAAAUUCUCUACUGCUCCAAAUCACAUGACUUCACUCUACAACGGAAAGAGUUAUGGACUCUAAACAAAGAUGAAUGGAUCAGUUGCUUUGUUGUAAAUAGUUGGGUAAAUUACUUGAAUUGGAGGCAACGAAAAGGACAAAUGACAAGGCUUGUUACACAAUAUAUCAAUUAUCAAUACAUGGAAAGACCGGAUACUUAA